AUGCGGAGCCCUCUUACCUACAACAACGGCCAGAUCAUGGGGACCGAGUAUCGGUUGGCAAUCAUUCGCCUUGUUCAAUUCCAGAGAGAGCACACUUGGAGUCCCAGACAAGCGGGACCAGGGUUGGUGGCAACAUUCCCACUCAACCGAAAAGCCACGGUGCAAGUCCGCUACCGCUGCCACCAUCAGGACCUUAUCAGGUACCGAGGCCGCCGUCUAAUCAGCACCGUGGUCCUCCACAUGUCUCUCUACUAUCAGCACCGACUCGACCUCGCCGCGGACCUGGCCCACGUGAAGCUUGGACGGGACCUCCGCCGGUGCGCCGUGGAACUGUUGCACCUGCGCAAGCCCCACCAGCAGGUCCUCGCGCUUCUUUUUCAUCCCCGGCACCAGGUGGCAGUUACCGACAUUCGAUUUCCCGGCAACCCAGCACUCCAUCUGUGA